AUGCAGUCACCCCGCGUAGCCUUUCUCUUCCUUCUGUACCUCAUCACCCUUUUCCGUAACUCGGUGCUCGCUGAGUCGAAACACGGAGAAAAUCACGCGGCUACCUUCAAGGAGGGAUGUUGUAUGGAACUUCUGCAGCGAAAAGAAUGGAGAAUAUUGAGUGACGGCGAAAAGAUCGCUUAUACAAACGCCAUUAAGUGUUUGAUGUCCCUUCCUGCACAAAAUCCUGCCUUCUCCGAGGCAAAGACGCGUUUCGACGAGUUCCAAGCUCUGCACGUGCAUCUCGCAGACAACAUCCACCGUGUCGGCCAGUUCCUGCCUUGGCAUAGACAGUUCCUGCUUUCAUACGAGCGCGCGUUACGAAACGAAUGCGAAUAUCAAGGCGCUACCCCGUACUGGGAUUGGAGUCUAGAUUCUCGCAACAUCUCUGCCUCGCCAAUCUGGGACCCAGUGACAGGCUUCGGAGGCAACGGUGUUCCAGGAACCUACACUGUCCCUAAAAAUGUCAACUACACCGAAAAUCUCAUCUUCCCGGAGGCGUUCGUUGGAUGUGUCAUGGACGGCCCUUUCGCCAACUACACGGUUCGCCUGGGACCUGGUUUUCUGCAAACGAACCACUGUCUCACGCGUGGCAUCGACCAAUCGUACUCCGUCCACAUCACCUACGAGGCAGUUGCACGGACCCUCCAUCUGCCCACAUUUGAACAAUUUCGCCUUGAGCUCGAAGGAGGAGCAGCGGCGCAUAAAAUGCACGAUGGUGGGCAUUACAUGGUGGGGGGAGAGAUGAGCAACUUCUACUCCAGUCCCGCCGACCCGCUUUUCUUCGUCCACCAUGCCACCCUAGACCGUAUCUGGUGGAACUGGCAGCAGAUGGUUCCCUCGCGUCUUACCGAAGUCUCUGGUUACUCGACUUAUGAGCCGCCUUUCUCCAACAUUACCCUUGAUUUCGAGCUUCGUCUCGGUAGCGUUGGACUCAGUGUUCCCAUUCGCAAGGUCAUGGACAUCCAUAAAGCGCCUAAUUGCUACACUUAUGUUUAG